AUGCGAGCAUGUGCUAAUCUCAGAGCACCUAGGAGAAAACUUUCUGGUGCUAUUCUUGUUUCUCCAGACAAUGACAAUACUGAUAGGACCAAUGGAAGUAACUCAAUGGUUACAGGUGUUCUAAUGAGUUUCUCCAACACAAGAAGCCUUAAGUGGGCACUACUAAAUUUGGUGAGCAACGGCGGCAUCGUGUACAUUGUACAUGUCAUGUCUAAUCCACCUAUGGAUAUUAAAGACACCAAACGAACAGUUGCAAUGCUUCUGAUGCAAUGGUUCGUUCAAAUUCGACUUGUUCCAACAGUUGUAACUGUUGCUGUAACCUCUUGGGUGUACGGAUCAAAUUUCAAUCAGGUAACCAUUAAGGUCAAAAUAGUAUGGGGAGAUGAAAGAACAGAACUCCUCAAAGCGAUUAAAAAUCUCAAGAUAAAGACUUUGGUGAUGGGAAGAAGAGAUUGUGACUUGUUCCAGAGGAUGCUGUUGACAAGAUUGAGCACUUUCAUGAUGAAGAAUGCUCCAAUUCCGGUCACAAUUAUCAGUGAACGUCAUGAUUUUGUAGUUUAG